UUGUGUACUGACAGAAUAUAAAAAAAUUUUUUCUUUAAACUGCAUUACAUUUCAGAGAUAUCGUAUGAGAAACAAAAUGUUGAGUUGUGAAAAUUCUGAAGUUUAAAAAGAGAGUAUUAAUUUUUAUUGUUAAAUUUCAGUUGUUAUACCAAUUUUAGAAUUUGAAAUACAGUGAAACUCUGAGACUGGGCCGGUUUCGAGGCUAGUGGAGGUGAAAAAUUACCCAGAUAGAGGGCCGUUUCACAAAAUGUCAAGUAUUUUGAAUAUUUUUCAAUAAUUUCCAGUGAUAUUAUUAAAAUUGAAUUUAGAAAAAUUGAUUGGAAAUGAGGAACAUUCGACAAAAUGUAUGAAGAUUCAAGGUGGAUGAAAACAAAUCUGAUUCGAAGGUAGCGGCCACGAAAACCCCCGAGUACGAAUUUUCUGUGGAACUUGACAAUUUUUGCACUUUUUGUCUGCCAAUAGGCCCAUUUUACAGGAAAAUUUGAUGUUUGCCAAACAUGGAUAAAAGAUAUAUUUUGAUUCUGAUACCCCUCAUACUUGGGGUAAAAACUAAUAGUAGCAGUAAACGCGAAACAAACCCUCGAGCUACAGAAAUCCAAUGCGGUGAUGUUUAUCAUAAAAAGUGUCAACAAUCAAAGUAUCGAACGUUCGAUGGUUCCUGCAAUAAUAAAAUGCAUCCUACCUGGGGAAUGCCAUAUACAAGAAAUAGACGUCUGAUUCCUGCAAAUUAUCAUGACGGGGUUCAUGCUCCUAGAUUGUCCAAAAGUGGAAAGCCACUGCCAAAUCCUAGAACUCUCAGUAGAACUUUGAACCCUGAAUCCAAAUAUACCGAUUACAAGUUUACUUUAGCGACAAUGCAAUGGGGUCAGAUUAUAACACAUGAUAUGAAUCUGGUAGACCCCCGAAAAGAAACACCCGAUAAUCAGUGUUGUCAUAACGGGAAGCUGGAUAAAGAUUAUAUGAAAAAAGCUUUGUGCUUUCCGGUUAUUGUUCCCAAAGAUGAUAAAGAUUACAAAAAGAGUGGAAUAGAGUGUAUGGGUAAAUUCAUACGUACUAAUACGGACUUGAAUAGAGGCUGUAACACACAUGGCAAGGCUGCAGAACAGUUGACAAUAAUUACAGCAUUCCUAGAUCUUUCCUUAGUUUAUGCGUCUAGUGAUAAAGAGGCAUCAGAUUUACGAGCAAAGAAAGGUGGUCUAUUACUUGUCAAAAAACGAAACAAUCAGGAAUGGCUACCAAUCGUAAAAGAACAAUUUGGAGUUUGCAACGGAACACAAACCGUGUGCUACAAAGCUGGUGACCCAAGAGUAAAUCAGAAUACACAUUUGACAAUUCUGCAGACUAUUCUCGUCAAAGAACACAAUAGAAUUGCUCGAGUCCUGGCUAAACUCAAUUCUAAGUGGACGGACGAAAAGAUCUUCCAAGAAACAAGAAGAAUUCUCAUUGCUGUGCAUCAGUGGAUUUCAUAUUACGAGUGGUUGCCUCUAGUUUUAGGUCAGGAAGAUUGUUACCACAGAAAACUCAUUUAUAAAACCCAGGGCUAUGUAAACGAUUAUGACCCUACAGUAGAUCCCAGUAUUUUGAAUGAACAUACAAGUGCAGCGUUUCGCUCCCUCCACACAACAAUUGCUGGAAGACUUGAUUUGAUGGACGAGGACCGAAAGUCUGCUACUUCUAGCGUGAGGUUAAGUGACCACAUCGCCGAUUCGACUAUCGUCGAGAAAAGCUUUGUUCCUCUUACUAGAGGAUUAUUUACUCAGGAUCAAGAUCGAGCUGAUAAAUGUUUCACCAAAGAGAUAACUCUUUUCUUUGCUAAAGGCCUUGCUCAAGGAAAAAAAAAACUGGGAGUUGAUCUUCGAGCAAUUGAUAUUCAAAGAAAUCGAGAUCAUGGUCUUGCAACUUACAAUCAAUAUCGUAAAUAUUGUGGAUUCCGAGAAGCCAAAGACUGGCAUGACUUUAAUGAUUUAAUUCCUUCCUCGGAUGUUGAGAAAAUGUCAAAAUUAUACGAGUCUCCAGAUGAUGUAGAUUUACCAGUAGGAGCUACUUUAGAAAAAAUUCUUCCAGGCGCUUUGGUUGGAGCAACUAAUCACUGUAUCUUAAAUCGCCAGUUUUUGCAUACAAGAAAAGGGGAUCGCUAUUGGUUUGAAAAUGGAAAUAAUGGAGCAGCUUUUACUCUUAAACAACUGAAAGAAAUUCGAAAAUCAAGCAUUUCCAGAUUGGUGUGUGACAAUGGUAAUGGCAUUCAUUCGAUGCAGCGGAAAGGAUUCGAACGAAUUUCUAAGAAUAAUCCACUUGUGAGCUGUAAGGAUAUUCCCUCGAUCAACUUGAACUUGUGGCAGGAAGGCAGCGAAAAUAAGGGCAACAAGAAAAAGAACAACGGCAAAAAGAACAAUGAUGAACCGGUUCCUUCAUACUAAAAAUUUAUAGCUUAUUAUAUAGUUAUAGAAUGUUUGGUGGUCAUUCUUUAAAUGAAAAUAAACGAUCCUUUAAUCUGUAUCAGUUAAUCCCAUGAUUUUCAUUGGAUUACUUUCUAUAAAGUGCAAUAUAAUUUUGUAGAAAUUACAUUGACAUUCUAUUCUGUACACUACAUCUUAAAUUAAAGUAUAAAUGUUUAAUUAUUGAUAGAAAGUAGGUGAGAUUAAAUUAUGGGAGAAAUUAGGAGUUGGGAGAGUUAAAAAAGGACAGAAUAAGUGAACAGAGGCAGCAGUGAAAGGGGGAGAUGAGUUACAGAAAAGAAACGUUUGUGUAGAAUUUGAAUAUAAGUAAUGCUGAAUUUACUGUAUAACUAUUUGUGUGCUUAUCUUGACAUAAAAACCCAGAGUAUCAAAAUGUUGCAAACAGUUGACAAGUACAUUAUGUAACAAAUGAAAACUACUUAUUGCGCAAUAUUUUAAUGUUAUUUUCUAGCUCAAUUUUUACAUUUACUUUAUAUUUACUGUUAACCUAGGUAAUUAUGGAUAAAAGUGGGUAAUAACGGAUCAAAUAGGUUUUAAUUUUUGUUUGCAACUGUAGUGAAAUUAUCAAAAUUUCACAGUACAUUCAUUUGAAGCGUAAAUUCUGCUCCAUAUUAAACUGUAAGUACGCAGCUUUUUCAUUUCACCAAAAGACAGAAAAAAAUUAGAAAGUGUCAAUUGUCAAAUCACGAAAACAAGAAAUCUCAAAAAUGUCUACUGGAAUGUUUUAGAAGAGGGCAGGGGCGUAGAGCGAGUAUGGAAAUUAAAGUGUUACGCUAUUUUUUAUCAGGGAAUGAAAAAAAUAGGAAAAUUAUGGUCAUACAUCAGUGCAAACUAACUUAGAAAUAUAAUCGUUGGAAAUUAAAAAAUUGUAAUGUAUCUUUUAUAAAUAUGAAUGAAAGGAUCUCAAAAACUAUAUUACAAAUAAUAUUAACCUGGUGGAAAAAUGUCAGAAGUAAUUAAUAAAAAGUCCUCAGA